AUGUCUAGUAGAGGGAAAUCGAAACAAGCUCGUUCCAAUGGAUUGAAGGAAUUAGAUAGGAUAAGCGAAUUACCUGAAACUUUGAUAUGUCACAUACUUGAUCAUCUCUCCACAAAGGAAGCUGUUAGUACAAGCGUUUUGUCAACGAGAUGGAGAAAUCCCUGGCUUUGGAUUCCUAAUGUGGAACUGAAUUCAAGAAAUUUCCAAGAUAUCAAUGCCUUUGUGGGUUUUGGUGACAGGUUUUUCAACCCCAUUAGGGUUCCAUCCAUACGCAAACUCGACUUAGUCCUUGGUAGAAACGCAAGCACUCUAGAUGAUGAAUCUUAUUUCACGUCAUGGAUUGAAGCUGCGAUAAAGCGUAAGAUCCAACAUCUACAUGUUCGUUGCGCUAAAGAGGUUCAUCUUACUAACAAUCCACUAAGGUUGUAUAGCUGUGAGACACUGGUUUGCUUAAGACUUUGUGGUGUGAUCCUGGAUGAAGAAGUGUUUGAUGUCUUACCUUGUUUAAAGACAAUGUGUCUAGAGAAAAACAUGUAUCCCAAUGAAGCCACUUUGGAGAAACUUAUCUCAUCAUGUCCUGUCCUUGAAAGUUUAGAUAUUGUCGCAUCUGAUAUUGAUGAGAAUGUCUUUCGGGUGCACUCUCGGUCACUGAAGAUGCUCACCAUAGAAAGAGGUCGUAUUGUUCUACCUUGGUAUGAUGAUGAUGAUCAUCAUCAUGAUGAUGUUCCGGGAGUUGUUAUCGAUGCUCCUCUACUAAGCUCUUUGAGCAUCGAUGAUAUUGCAUCACAGAACUUUGUAGUAAGCAAUAUGGAGUCUAAUGCGAAGUUAGAUAUUUCUCUGAGCUUUGGUUUGGGGAUAGAUUGUCUCAGAAGAUGGGUUCCAUCGAGAAGAGGUAGCAUCGGUGAUUUUCUUGUUGGGAUUUCGAGGGUUAGGGAGAUCAAGAUAUCCUCAUUAACUUUCAAGGAACAGCGUAGUGAUUAUAGUUAUGACUUUGAUGACUUGCAGCUACCUCCUGUUCAGGAGAUGAAACAAAUUAGUUUGCCUCAUUGUCUGCUAUCGUCUCUCGAGUUAGUUUGUUUCGAAGUCCCAAUAUCGGGACUUGCUGCAGAAAUGAAGCUAAUAAAAUACUUCCUAAAGAAUUCAGCAAACCUCAAGAAACUCAUUAUAAGUUUGGAUUCUUAUUCAAGAAAAGAUGAUAUCUUGAAGGAACUCUUGGAAAGCUCAAGAGGCUCUACCGAAUGUGAACUUGUUGUCGAGUAG